AUGGGUAGAAGAAAAAUUGAGAUCGAGCCACUCACAGACGAUAGAAAUCGGUCGGUGACAUUCGUCAAACGUAAGGCUGGCCUCUUCAAGAAAGCGUAUGAGCUUUCUGUUUUGUGUGAGGUGGACUUGGCCGUCAUUAUCGUUGGCAGCAACAACAAAGUCUAUGAGUUCUCUUCGGUGGAAACCAAUGAGUUGUUGAAAUCCUACCGCGGGGCUACAGUACAUGAGUCCAAGCUGUUGGAAAACUAUGGAAAGUACAAAAAAAGGCCUCAUCUCAAAUCAUGGCCCUUUUCGGCGCUGAACAACGACUCUGCUAGGGAUGCUGCCGUUGAUGAUGGUGACUCAGACGAUGACUCGGAGGUUUCAGAACCCAAAAGACACAAGAGAGACGCUUCCAGCACAUCCAUCUACUCCCAACAAUCUAAUGUCAGCUCCCAGUUUGCAUACUUGGCAGGACAGAAACAAUUGAACCAGAUCCUAGAACAAGACCCCACUCUGCAACGUCCUGUGUUAAGAGUCCAAAUUCCAACUGAUACAAAGCCCAAUGAAAUACUGGCAAGAACCGUGACAGACGUUGAGGGAAGUGAGGAUGGCAAGGAUAAGCUGACCGGUAAUGAUUCGGCAACCCAGUCUCUUCAUCAAAAUGCAAUUGCAUACUCCUUGAGAAAGUUCAAAAGUCCUGAUAGCAAGAAGCCUCCUCUGCCACUUCCACCAGCUCAUAAGCUGCAAACCCUGAGUCCCUUGUCAGCCACAACGCAUCCUCUUCCGAUUAGUUCCAAUGCUCAGUUCUAUUCUUUGCCGCCACCUUCUCCAUCUGGAAACUUUGCGCCCUCGAUCUUACCUACACCGGUGUUUAAUCAAGUAUUCAAUCCACUGUUUAUGAAUCCCAUGAACGUGACGAGUAACACCCUGAUGCCACUAAAUCCGAAUGUCUUAAAUGGACCAGCCUCUGUUGCCUCGGGUCCUGGCGCCGCGCUCUCGUCUGGAAAUACUAUCAAUCCCUCCUCGACCUCUUCCACUAUUCCACUGUCUUCUUCUCGUCCUCAAACAUCAGAUGCUCCAACAACUGCCAAUACGAGCAAUCUCGAAACUGAAGCCCCUAAACUCAAACCUCCUUUACAACAAGCGACAAAUGGUGAACAAACACCGAUUUCUGGACUUCCUUCGCGUUACAUGAAUGAUAUCUUCCCGUCGCCAUCGAAUUUCUACGCAUCACAAGAAUGGCCGACCGGUAUGACCCCAUUUUCCACGUCAAUGUCACAUUAUUUCGUAAGCAUGGCCCCAAGUGCUGCUGGUGCCACGCCUUUGCAGCUCAAUCAGGCAUAUUCAAGUACAAAUAGAGGGUCACAUCUGUCAGCAUCACAUAAGCCUACAGCGGCUUUACUGACAGCGACUCCGCCUCAAGUAGUUCCGCCUGUGCCGAAUGGAAAUAGGAAACCCUCUCUGAGCCUGGCCUCGGAUGGCAUGGGACAAUUUUUCAAACGAGAACUCAACUAA